AUGCCUCUCAUAGUCGUCCCAGCAACAGAAGAAGACCUCCCUCGCUCCAUGGCCAUCGAAAGACGAGCCUACGGUCCCAACCCGACCACCCCCAUCCUCUUCCCCGGAGGCGGCCUCAGCCCCGAGACCCGCGCCGCCCAGAUGCUGGCCCGCAAGAGGGAGGAUCCAGCCUGCACGUGGGUCAAGGUCGUCGACGCAGACUUGGAGGCCAAGGGCGAGGAGAGCAUGAUUGCGUUUUCGCAGUGGUACGUCUACUCGGGCGACGUGAAACCGAGUCGCGCCCAGAGGUGGUGGGGGCUGCCUGGCACCAACCCGGAGGCGUGUGAAGCCUUUUUCGGGGAGAUGGAUCGCAGGUGGUGGGAUCGGUUCGAGGGCAAGUCUCAUGUUUACCUCAAACUCCUUCAUACCGACCCCGACCACCAAAGACGGGGCGCCGGCGGCAUGCUUCUCAAAUGGGGCACCGCCGAGGCCGACAGGCUGGGCCUCGUCUCGUACCUCGAGGCUUCCGAGGAGGGCCGCCCGCUGUAUGAAAAGUACGGCUUCAAGGAGGUGGGCCGGAUCGUUGUCGACCUGUCGAAAUGGGGCGGCACGGAGCCGGCGACGGCGUAUCUGAUGCUUCGCGAGCCGGUGCUCAACUGA